UACAUUUGACAGGGAGUAGGAGGGUUUUGUGGAGAUCAGAAAAACGACAGCGCGAUAAAAAUUAGUAUUGUUGCACUUCACAAAUUAAUGACCAUGAGUUCCUACUUGAUAAACUCCAACUAUAUCGAGCCUUCCUUUCCUCCAUGCGACGAAUAUCAGCAGAGCGGAUACAUCCCCAACGCUGGUGAUUACUACGAGCGGCCAAAAGAUACGGGCUUCCCCCAUCACGAAGAACCAUCCUAUCCGAGGUCAAACUACACAGAAACGGGAUACGAUUACGGUAACGUCCCUGCUACCGGACUCGAUGAUUUCGGGGAUGGGCAUCACGCACAGCCGCAGCCGGUUCCACAGAGCCACGGUCCUCGCCUCUCCGCGGCCCCAGACGGUGGCGCAGGGGAAAAUGCCAGCAAAGACUGCAGCCUCGCCAGUGAGGCAUAUCCCGGCGUAGCGAAGGGCAAGGAGCCGGUGGUCUAUCCGUGGAUGAAAAAGGUCCACGUUAACAACGUCAAUCCCAAUUACACUGGAGGAGUGCCCAAGAGGUCCCGCACUGCCUACACCCGCCAGCAGGCUCUGGAGCUGGAGAAGGAGUUCCACUUCAACCGGUACCUGACCCGGCGCAGGCGGGUGGAGAUUGCGCACACCAUGUGUCUGUCCGAGCGCCAGGUCAAGAUCUGGUUUCAGAACCGGAGGAUGAAGUGGAAGAAGGAGCACAAGCUUCCCAACACGAAGAUCCGCUCCUCCAGCUCGGCCUCGUCCUCAGCCUCGGGGCCCCAGCAGCAGCAGAUCAAAACAGGCCAGCAGCUUGUCCCCACGCCGUGCACCGCAGGUCUAUAGUGCUGAAAUUAACCCCGUACCACAAAACCCAAUCCAGACUGAGAUGGCAAAUAUCACAAGUGGAAUUUGAUGGACCGAUUCUCAGUAUUUUACACACAUGGUGUUAUCUAUUUCACCUUGCCUCUGCCAUUGGGCCCCUGUCACGUCCU